UGCUUCGGUGAAACCAGGGUGAAACUUCACUCUGCAAAUAUUAUUCUGUAAAUGAACUCUCGACUGGGGUAAUUGAUGGUUUGUGGGGUCGGAGGUGAUUCGGCAUUGGUGCGAUUUACAUGCCAAAGUGGUUUGUUUACACGGCCAAUUGUCAUCAGGGCUGUCAGUCAGUAACCGGCGAAGAUGGACGAAGAUGUGGCUGUGCUUCGCAGACUGGAGCAGUUGAUGACGGAAUUUUUCUCGCCGCAAACUACCAAUGAGCAAAAACGCACAAUUGAACACAGUCUCCAUGAGUUUGCCUCCCAGAUUAAUUCCUGGCGGCCCUGUUUACAUUUUUUAUCAUCAACCAAUAAUCGCUAUGUCAGCAUGUUUGCUUUAACAACCCUUGAAACAGCUAUUGCGCGUCGCUGGCUGAUUCUAAGUUGGGAGGAUAGAGCCCUUGUUAGGUCAACACUUUAUACACUCUCCUUAGAACGUGGUGUCACUCCAUUUGUUCGCAACAAAGUGGUCAAGUUGGUUGUCGAUAUUGCCCGGCAUGACUGGCCUCAUUUUUAUCCAGACUUCUUCUCUAAUAUUUUACAGUUAUUAGGCCACAAGCACACAAGAUUAUUGGGUUUAGUUUAUUUAAAAACAGCUUCUGAGGAAUUAGCCACACCCAGAGAGGAUUUACCACUACACCGAAAGACAGAGUUACUCAGGUUGUUUAAUAGCCUAGUACCAACUGCUUUAGAGGUUCUUACAGACCUCCUUGUUGAAACAACAAAACAACAAAAUCGUUCAGGCACAAUAACUCCCCCACCAUCACCAACUAGUAGUCAGAGUGCUCCGCUACAGGGGCGGACAGUUUUAGAUGUAGAAGGUCUUGCUGCUGGAAAUGGCGAGAUCUGUACCCUUACUCUGGAGGUUCUCGCACAUUUGUUUACCUGGAUUACUCUUACAGACCACUUUCCCAGUAAUCUGUUGAGCGCUAUUUUCACAUGCGCGAAAUAUCACGACUCAAUGAACGGAAGGCAGAUCGAAAUAGCUGUGCAAGCAUUGACUACAAUAAACGAAUUGCUCUAUCGUCCGUGUUCACCAAGUGCAACGGAGAGCCUAUUGCUACAAAUAUUUCAGCGAGGGAUAGAGCUUUUUCAAUCCAUGGAACAUCUCGAAUCCGUGGAUGAAAGUUAUUUGGAAAAAAUCACCGAAUAUCUGCAGUUGUUCAUAACAAAUCAUCUGAAGAAAGUUGAAUCAUGUCCAAAAUUUCCUGUUAACGCACUGCUCGAAGUUCUGUACCACCACACAUUUCAACGCUGUACAACACCCAAUGCAUACGUAAGGUGUCUAGAAGUAUGGUCUAUAUUACUUGAGAGUACUCAGACUCGCUAUGCCACUGUUGCUUUGGCUCUUGCGGAACGGGUACUACAAAAAAUUAGCUUCAAAUUUAAUGCCCAAGCACUAAAGGACCUCGACACUGAAACACUCGAUGAAAAUAAUGAGACAGAAUGGCAGCAUUAUUUGCGCUGCAACAUCGAGUGCUUGGCUAAAGUUGCUGACAUUUCUCCUAUACCAGUAUUUACAUUAUUGUAUCGAUCCUGGCGAGAAGGUCUUUCUAUUUAUGCUGAACUGGGAUCUGCAAUCACCAAUGGUCAGCUGGUAGUCUUGAAUGAUUCAGAAGCUUCCAAUGUCCGUAUUCACUUACGAGACUUGGCUUCAAGUACUCAGGCUCUUGCUCGACUCUAUGUUCAUUUUGUUGGUGAUCAGCCUGGUAUCAACUGCUCUUUAGCAGAAGAACUUGUGGCCCAAACACUGGAAGUCUGCGCAUUUGCCAAGGAUAACCAAAUUCAUAGAGCCAAUCUUCAGCCAGCUGAAAUAUUGCAGGAUCUUGUAGAAGUGAAUUCCCAAAUGCUAGCAUCGCUGCAGGCUUGGUGUCAGUGGAUCUCAGAAAGACCAGAAAAAUUGAAAGAGUCUUUGAGCCACCGAUGCGUACAGUCGUGUAUAUGGGCUUUAAUGCCAAAUGUUUUCACUCACAGUAUACCACCGAAAUUCGUUCACUCAGCUGCGCAUUUAAUGCAGAGUGCUAUUGCCAUUCUAAAGCCAAAUCUCUGGGACCAGUCUGCAUUCAGAGAUUUAGUCAUAGCCGGAUCCCAUCCACAUUUGAAUCUCGAUACAGCAAAGGUUCUCAGGAGGGCUCUCAUCAAUGGCAUUAUUCUUCCACCUGGAGAUAACGUUGCAAGGCAACGGCUCAUGGGAACAAUGAUUACCGCCCUGGCUCAGCCACUCGGUGAUCAAGGGCACCCUGUACCACCCGAAAUGAUAGUAUCGUCAUCGGUGCUAUCUCUCAAAGAGUUGUUGGAAGAUUGUCGUUCAUCUUCCACAGCAAUAAAAAAAUUGUUGCACGCUAAUCUGGAAUCUGUAGUUAAUCGAGUGUUGGAACUACUGCCACACCUUGUCAAGUUUGCUAAAGCAUUUGAAGCCCUACUUAGCUUUCUUCACAGCACUUUUGAAGUUCUUCAGCAACAGUUGGGUCCGGAAUAUACUCAGACUGCUGCCCAAACAAUGCUCCACAUUUUUACUAGGGAAAAUAUAUCGUUUGGACCUACAUUGGAUCAGUUAUUAGAAAUCCUAAUUUUGGUGGUGACAGCUCCCAGUAGAGCUUCCAAGGCCUUUGUCCCAUCGAUUACCGAUUUGUGCCUUGGUCAAGUGUGGCCUGCAGUCGGGAACGAUUUGAGCGACCAUCCCGACACAACUAUAGUUUUAUUGCGCUUGUUACACAGUAUUUUGAUGCAUCAUUGGCAGUAUUUUUACAAUUCCUCUGUGCUCCAAACGUUCGGAACUGCGGAACGCGAAGAGCCAGUUGAGCACAGAGAAGAACUGGUCGCUAUUCUUGAGGCAUUUGGACAGGCCCUUCUCCAGCCUGACGUUAACAUUUUCCGUCAGAGUCUUCAGAGUCUUGAGCAACUGAAUUCUAGAUGUCGUCUCUACCAGCGUUCUAUUUUUAAAAGUAAUCUAUUGGAGAGGUUCCUGGCGGCCCUGUUUACAGUUUUAUUCCAAAGGUCUCAUGACUUAUUGGCAGAUGAGAUUGCCUCCGCAGUCUACAGUUUGGCGCUGGUUGACACCAACUGGUUUUUUAGUGAAUUUUUACCGAAAUUCUUGACUGGCUGCGAGGGGCUGGAUGACGAACAGAGAUGUAUGCUACUGGAUAACUUUGACAGAGCAACGGAUCAGCCCACCCUGACCAGGUCGGUUCUUCGUAUGGUGACUGAUCUUAGGUGCUAUCAAUUUUGUCAGAGUCUUUGAUAUCGUUGAGGAAUAAGGAACUUCAAGAAGUCUUGCUGUGGCAAAUAUCAUGUAUAGGAAUAUCAAUCCUACGACGGUGCGAUUUGAUUUAUUCCGACGGGUGAAAGUCAGAUCUUGCAAAUUCAUUUCGGACAAGUUUGUGCUGUGGGCAACGAUCCAUAAAUUUGACUUAUCUUGACUUGAAAAUUAGUAUAUAAAAGUUUAGAGAAAAAAAGAGAAUGUUAUUGCCGCACAAACGGUGCGCAGAAUACUGCCAUAAACGAAUGAAUAUAUUCCUAUGUAGCUUAAGAACGUGAGAAGAUUUUAUUACUGUAUCAUGUAAUAUUAUUUAAGUGAGAUUUCAUUGUUAUGAAUAAAAUUAUAUUGCGAAAUUUUUAAAAAAUCA